AUGGAUAAUAGCCGAUUUCAUUGUUGGCCAUCUAAUGCUUCGUCAACACUAACAGAAACACUGGCGCAACAUGGAUAUAAUUGUAAAGGUAUUGAUGUAAAUUGGAUUCAACCUCCACCAAAACAAGUCACUCAAGACGUUCCAUUCAAUGUAACAUAUUCAAUUGAUUUAUCAGCUGAAUUUUUCGAUUGGGCAAUUUAUAUACUACCUAAGCCAUUAUAUUCACUAUCAAAUCGAACGAUGAAUAGUAGUCACGCAUGGCACGAAUGGUGUUAUAAUCAUGAGCCAACUGUUGACGCCACAGAUCCGAGAAUUGAAUCUGAUACUUGUAUAUGGCACAUUAAUGUACAUGCAUGUGCCCUUGGACGUUCGGUACCAUAUUGCGGUCCUUGGAUUCCGCCAAGUGGUGAAAUAUAUCAUAGUCUAGUUAUGGCAGGACCUGCAUCUCGGAUUUAUGAAAGUACGGUGAUUAUACCUGUGUUUGGAGUCAUAGAAAUCAUAGCACAUUUUAAAAUUGGCAUUGAAGAUUGGAUUCAUAUUGCUUUAGUCAGCACGAAUAUACAAGUUAGUCGCAAAGCAAUUUGUGGCGAUAAAUAUUGUGAUUUAAAUUAUGAGAACUGUUCUAAUUGUCCAAUCGAUUGUGGUAAAUGUCCUCUAAAGCCUGUUCAUAUUGGUUUUAUAACAACGGGCUGCGCUCUUCUAGUCGGUUUAUUCAUCGGAGUUUUUCUAUACUUUAAAAUUCAAGAACAACGCCUGUUAUGGGAUCCGAGUUGGAUUAUUGAUAUUAAAGAAGUUCAACCACUUCGGCCACAACAAUCAAUUAGUUUAACAUCCUUAAACGAUCCGAAAAAGACAAGUAUUAGUAGACAACCAAGUGAAACUAACUUAAGUGUUACCACAACUUUUUCAACGAUUAGUAUUGCACAACAAAUUUUUUGUCCUGCCGGUUAUUUACGACAUACUUGCGUAGCUAUUCGAAAAUAUAAACAUAAACAUUUUCAAUUGACACGUCGUGUACGUGAACAAGUUCGGCUUGUACGAACAUUUAAUCAUAAUAAUGUUUGCAAAUUUAUGGGUGCUUCAUUAUUUCCUAAUGAAGUUAUUAUCUAUAUGGAAUAUAUGCCAAAAGGUUCGUUACGUGAUGUUUUACAAAAUGAUAAAAUACCUAUAACGUGGCCAUUUCGGUUUUCAUUUGCAAUAGAUAUUCUUAAUGGUCUAUCGUAUAUUCAUAGUCGACAUCUUAUUCAUGGACGACUCAAUUCAUCGAAUUGUGUUGUUGAUCAACGGUUAACCAUAAAAAUCACAGAUUAUGGUCUUGACGAUCUUCGUUUUCAUAAUAUUAGUGUUAACUCAUAUGUUCAAUCAAUCGAAGCCUAUAAAAGAGCUUAUUACGCACCUGAACUAAUAUCAAUUAAUGAAUUGAAAUUAACUCCUCCAAUAGAUAUUUAUGCAUUUGGCAUUAUUCUAAAUGAAAUAGCAACACGAGCGGAACCGUUUGGGGACGAUGAUAUUGAAUCGAUUAUGAAAAUUGGUUAUCGUCCGAAACUUGCUCAGAUGACUUUUGAUGUUAAUAAUGAAAAUGAAGACGAUUUUUGUCCGUUACCAUCAUCGUAUAUUCGACUUGUUAAACGAUGUAUUAUAGAAAAUCCGUAUGAUCGUCCAACAUGCAAAGAUAUAGAAAAACACUUGAAGAAAAUGUGCCCAUUUCAAAUGAGUCCAAUUGAUUUAAUAUUUAAAAAGAUGUCUCUUUAUCAAACAAGUCUUGAACAAGCUGUACAAUUACGCACACAUGAACUUGAACAAGAAAAACAUAAAUCGGAAAAUCUUCUAUACAGUAUGUUACCGAAAAGUGUUGCUGAACAAUUAAGAGUUGGCCAAAUGGUUUCAGCAGAAUAUUAUGAAAAUUGUACGAUAUAUUUCAGUGAUAUCGUUGGAUUUACAACUAUUUCAAGUCGAUGUAAACCUAUUGAUGUUGUUGAAUUUCUCAACCGGGUUUAUACAACAUUUGAUACAGUUGUUGACCGUUAUGAUGUUUAUAAAGUUGAAACAAUUGGAGAUGCGUAUAUGGUGGUUUCCGGCGUGCCGAAAAGAAAUGGUAAUGAACAUGCAUAUCAAAUAGCGACCAUGGCACUUGAACUUGUUCGUCAAUCAACAAAAAAUAUUCUUAUACCAUUUUCAAAUAAUGAAAAACUUCGAAUUCGCGUUGGUUUACAUUCCGGACCUGUUUGUACUGGUGUUGUUGGUUCAAAAAUGCCUCGAUAUUGUCUUUUUGGUGACACUGUAAAUACUGCAUCGAGAAUGGAAUCGAAUGGUGAAGCCAAUAAAAUUCAUAUGACAAAUGAUACAAAGGAAUUGCUAGAUAAAACUGGUCGUUUUCUUAUUGAAAAACGAGGAACAAUGCAUAUCAAAGGAAAAGGUGAAAUGACAACUUAUUGGCUACUUGAAGAGCUAGAGUCAAAAAAUGAUUGCAUCGAAAAAAAUCUUCUAUACGUACAGCCAAUAAGGCUUCCACCAAUACACAGAAGAGAAGUUUCAACAUCACUUCAUGUUCCAAAUUCAACAACUAUUUCAAUUCCACAUGGUUCACCAUCACCACGAAAGACAACUACUUUCAAUUUAAUCUCGAUAGAAUAG